AUGGCAGCCGGAGUCAGCCUGCUGAGGGACCUGCCGCCCCUCACCGCUGGCGUCUACAGCAGCGACACCAGCAGAGGUACCAGCAGAGGCACCAGCAGCGACACCAGCAGAGGCACCAGCAGAGGCACCAGCAGCGACACCAGCAGAGGCACCAGCAGCGACACCAGCAGAGGCACCAGCAGAGGCACCAGCAGAGGCACCAGCAGAGGCACCAGCAGAGGCACCAGCAGAGGCACCAGCACAGACAUGGAGACAGCCGAGGCCAGGGUCCCCACAGCCAAGUACACCAAGAUGGGGGAGACUCUGAGGCACGUGAUCCCAGGACACAUGCAGUGCUCCAUGACCUGUGGAGGCAGGAGCUGCAAGUACGAGAACCCCACCCGCUGGAGCCCCGAGGAGCAGGCUGUCACUGGACUCUACUCCUCCUGGAUCACCGACAGCCUGCUCGCCAUGGCGCGGCCGUCCACCGACAUCAUAGAGAAAUACAACGUUAUUGAGCAGUUCCAGAGAUGUGGCUUAAAGACGGUCAUUAACCUCCAGCGUCCAGGAGAACACGCCAGCUGUGGGAACGCUCUGGAGCCGCAGAGCGGGUUUACGUACAGACCUGAGAUCUUCAUGGAAGCAGGGAUUUAUUACUACAACUUUGGCUGGAAAGACUACGGCGUGGCGUCGCUCACUACGAUCCUGGACAUGGUUAAAGUCAUGUCGUUCGCAGUUCUGGAAGGAAAGAUGGCGAUCCACUGCCACGCCGGCCUCGGGAGAACAGGCGUCCUGGUGGCCUGUUUCCUGGUCUUCACCUCCCGCAUGAGCGCAGACCAGGCCAUCCUGUUCGUUCGAGCCAAAAGACCCAACUCCAUCCAGACGCGAGGCCAGCUGCUGUGUGUGCGGGAGUUCGCUCAGUUCCUGGUCCCUCUGCGCAGCGUCUUCUCUGAGCCUCAGAGCAGCUCCGUGACUCUGGAGCAGUACCUGACUCGACAGCGCCACCUGCUGCACGGCUACGAGGCGCGCCACCUCCGACAUGUGCCGAAGAUCGUCCAGCUCGUGUGUCAGCUGCUCUCGGACAUCGCCCACAACCGCCCGGCGCAGAGAGAGGAGCCGUGGCAGGAACUCCCUGACCUCACUGCUGAAGUGGAGAAGACAGUGUCCCAGCAGGCCUUGCAGCAGCUGGGGAACGAGCUGAGAGGAAAGGGCAUUCCUGUGUCUCCCUGUUUCUCCCAGAUGCCCUGCCCCGGCCUGCUCCAGCCCCGCUGUCUGGAGGACCAGCCUCUGGUCAGCGACACUGAGCUGGACUGGAACAUCCCUCUGAGACUCUGUCUUUCUGCAAACAAAGGCCUGAGCUUCAGUGACUCUGACCUCUACAAGCUUCAGUGUGAAGACCUCCACAAGCCUCAGUGUGAAGACCUCCACAAGCCUCAGUGUGAAGACCUCCACAAGCCUCAGUGUGAAGACCACAAGCUUCAAUGUGAAGACCUGUGUGUGCAGAAGACCGCUCUGAGCUUCAGCCCGUGGGACCCGCCUCUCUCAGACCUCUGCAGACUGCAGAUUCCAGACACAGACGUUCCAACAGAAGCACAGUCUCCGUUCCUGAGGAAGCGUCUGCAGAAAGGCCAUCAGAGCCUGUCCCUGGACCUGUCUGAGCCUCUGAGGACCUUCUACAGAGCACAGACCUCACACGGAGAAGAACAAGGAGACUCAGGAGCCGUCCCCGUGAGGAGCCUUCAGCCUGAGCCUCCUCCUCACAGCAGGGCUCUCCUCGUGGCCAAAGCUCUGGCCCUGGACCUGACGGACCCAGACCUGGACUCCAAGGUCUCACUGUGGCAGACGGAGCUGAACUGCAGAGAGGGCGCCUGGGAGCGCCUGUGGACGGAGAGAGACCCCCUGGUGCUGGCGGCGCUCAUGUGGGCGUGGCUACAGCAGCUGAAGGAGCCAAUCAUCCGCAAGGACGACGUGAAGGCGCUCAGUGACUCCAGCGUCAACUCACAACAGGCCCUGAGCUCUCUGCCAAAGGGACACAGACAGACACUUCUCUGCAUCUUAGAAUGUGCUGCGAAUCUUCUGCCUUUACCUGAAGACGUGGAAACUCUGUUUCUCAAUCAAACCAUUAAAGUGUUUACACUGAAUGACCCCGUCUCAGAAACCGAUAAGGGCUUUUCGACACUGAGGUCUAUUUUAAGAUCUGCUUCCGUCGCUCGGAUCUGCUCCAAAGACGACUCCAAAUGCAACUGUGGGAUGAGUGCUAAAGCCGUGUCCGCCCUGCUCCUCCUGCUGCUCCUCCUGCUCCUGCUCCUGCUCCUCCUGCUCCUCCUCCUGCUCCUCCUGCUCCUCCUCCUCCUCCCGCUGUGUGUGGGGUACAACAUCAGGACCAUUACUGACUACAGGUACAGCGUCAGGACCAUUACUGACUACAGGUACAGCGUCAGGACCAUCACUGACUACAGGUACAGCGUCAGGACCAUUACUGACUACAGGUACAGCGUCAGGACCAUUACUGACUACAGGUACAGCGUCAGGACCAUUACUGACUACAGGUACAGCGUCAGGACCAUUACUGACUACAGGUACAGCGUCAGGACCAUUACUGACUACAGGUACAUCAUCAGGACCAUUACUGACUACAGGUACAGCAUUAGGACCAUUACUGACUACAGGUACAGCGUCAGGACCAUUACUGACUACAGGUACAUCAUCAGGACCAUUACUGACUACAGGUACAUCAUCAGGACCAUUACUGACUACAGGUACAGCGUCAGGACCAUUACUGCCUACAGGUACAGCGUCAGGACCAUUACUGACUACAGGUACAGCGUCAGGACCAUUACUGACUACAGGUACAGCGUCAGGACCAUUACUGACUACAGGUACAGCGUCAGGACCAUUACUGACUACAGGUACAGCGUCAGGACCAUUACUGACUACAGGUACAUCAUCAGGACCAUUACUGACUACAGGUACAGCAUUAGGACCAUUACUGACUACAGGUACAGCGUCAGGACCAUUACUGACUACAGGUACAUCAUCAGGACCAUUACUGACUACAGGUACAUCAUCAGGACCAUUACUGACUACAGGUACAGCGUCAGGACCAUUACUGACUACAGGUACAGCGUCAGGACCAUGACUGACUACAGGUACAGCGUCAGGACCAUGACUGACUACAGGUACAGCGUCAGGACCAUUACUGACUACAGGUACAGCGUCAGGACCAUUACUGACUACAGGUACAGCGUCAGGACCAUGACUGACUACAGGUACAGCGUCAGGACCAUUACUGACUACAGGUACAGCGUCAGGACCAUCACUGACUACAGGUACAGCGUCAGGACCAUUACUGACUACAGGUACAGCGUCAGGACCAUUACUGACUACAGGUACAGCGUCAGGACCAUUAAUGACUACAGGUACAGCAUCAGGACCAUUACUGACUACAGGUACAUCAUCAGGACCAUUACUGACUACAGGUACAGCGUCAGGACCAUUACUGACUACAGGUACAGCAUCAGGACCAUUACUGACUACAGGUACAGCGUCAGGACCAUCACUGACUACAGGUACAGCGUCAGGACCAUCACUAACUACAGGUACAGCGUCAGGACCAUCACUGACUACAGGUACAGCGUCAGGACCAUCACUAACUACAGGUACAGCGUCAGGACCAUCACUGACUACAGGUACAGCGUCAGGACCAUCACUGACUACAGGUACAGCGUCAGGACCAUCACUAACUACAGGUACAGCGUCAGGACCAUCACUGACUACAGGUACAGCGUCAGGACCAUUACUGACUACAGGUACAGCAUUAGGACCAUUACUGACUACAGGUACAUCAUCAGGACCAUUACUGACUACAGGUACAUCAUCAGGACCAUUACUGACUACAGGUACAACAUCAGGACCAUUACUGACUACAGGUACAACAUCAGGACCAUUACUGACUACAGGUACAGCAUUAGGACCAUUACUGACUACAGGUACAUCAUCAGGACCAUUACUGACUACAGGUACAGCAUUAGGACCAUUACUGACUACAGGUACAGCGUCAGGACCAUUACUGACUACAGGUACAGCGUCAGGACCAUUACUGACUACAGGUACAGCGUCAGGACCAUUACUGACUACAGGUACAUCAUCAGGACCAUUACUGACUACAGGUACAGCAUUAGGACCAUUACUGACUACAGGUACAUCAUCAGGACCAUUACUGACUACAGGUACAGCGUCAGGACCAUUACUGACUACAGGUACAUCAUCAGGACCAUUACUGACUACAGGUACAGCGUCAGGACCAUUACUGACUACAGGUACAGCGUCAGGACCAUUACUGACUACAGGUACAUCAUCAGGACCAUUACUCACUACAGGUACAGCGUCAGGACCAUCACUGACUACAGGUACAGCGUCAGGACCAUUAAUGACUACAGGUACAUCAUCAGGACCAUUACUGACUACAGGUACAGCGCCAGGACCAUCACUUACUACAGGUACAGCGUCAGGACCAUCACUAACUACAGGUACAGCGUCAGGACCAUCACUGACUACAGGUACAGCAUCAGGACCAUUACUGACUACAGGUACAGCGUCAGGACCAUUACUGACUACAGGUACAGCAUCAGGACCAUUACUGACUACAGGUACAGCAUCAGGACCAUUACUGACUACAGGUACAGCGUCAGGACCAUUACUGACUACAGGUACAGCGUCAGGACCAUCAUUGACUACAGGUACAGCGUCAGUACCAUCACUGACUACAGGUACAGCGUCAGGACCAUCAUUGACUACAGGUACAGCGUCAGUACCAUCACUGACUACAGGUACAGCGUCAGGACCAUUACUGACUACAGGUACAGCGUCAGGACCAUGACUGACUACAGGUACAGCAUUAGGACCAUUACUGACUACAGGUACAGCGUCAGGACCAUUACUGACUACAGGUACAGCGUCAGGACCAUUACUGACUACAGGUACAACAUCAGGACCAUUACUGACUACAGGUACAGCGUCAGGACCAUUACUGACUACAGGUACAGCGUCAGGACCAUUACUGACUACAGGUACAGCGUCAGGACCAUUACUGACUACAGGUACAUCAUCAGGACCAUUACUGACUACAGGUACAACAUCAGGACCAUUACUGACUACUUCUUUUUCUUCAUGGUUCAGUUUUUGAAAUGA